AAUCUGUGAAAUAUUGGUAACAGAUCAGCAAAACACAGCAUGUAUCUUGGGCUUUUCCAGCAAUACGAUAAAAGCCAGUUUCUAUGGAGACACUCUUGUAAAAACAUCUGCCAUUACUUUGAUUCGCUCAAAAGAAUAUUUUUCCGUUCCCCUGUUGUGGUUUGGUGUAAAAACAAUAAUGAACUCUCCAUUUCGCCAUUUUAAGAACCUUUGGACUCUUUAGGUUCAAUAGCCAGCGCCCGAACCUCGCAGGAAGGAAUUAAUUCAAUGCCCCGUAAGAAACAUAAAUAUUUUAGGAUACAAAGCAUAUAUUAUUGCCGUCUGUGCAGUGUUCAAUCCAAACUGAAAUCUCUCUUUCGCAUACAGCAAUAUUCGUCGUAGGAACUGGUUGAAAAUGUACGGAAACAUGAAGGGAAAAUUUCGAGAUUCCUACAGUGGGAUUUUUGAGAAAAGCUUGCGAAGCGACCCUACAAAAAACGCAGGAACGCAACAGAAAGCACAGUGGAUGCAAGAACAAGGAAAACGCGAGAAAAACGGGGAUCUUUUUGGACAGCAAAGUGUGAUGGACUCAACCGGAGAGCAACAGAAACAUCAUGUAUUUUACGCGCACAAGAUCAAGAAAAUAAUGGACGAAAUACUUGAAGAGAAACUCUCAACUCAGUCCUACGAUCCAACCAUUUGUCGUGUGUUGUGUAUCAGUUUGUCAGAGGACAUUAAAAGCCGCGUCAAAAAUUUAGGAAUGGAAAGAUUUCGUUUGAUCUGCAGUGUGAGCAUUGGAUCAAUUAGUGGACAAGGUAUCUUGAUGGCCAGCCGCUUUCUUUGGAAUGAAUGCAAAGAUAAUUUCUCCACGUCUUCGUAUCAAAACUCUUCGUUGUUCGCAGUUGCUAUCGUUUUCGGGGUUUUGAAAGAGUGAAUUACAGAUUAACUGAUUUUAACAAAUUCUAGGGGAAAACUGAAAGUAUAUUAGUAAUACAACUGAGUAUGCCACACUCAGUAACUCUGUUUAUAGAUCAAUGUCUUUUUAGGAAUAACAAUACAAAUGAAGAUGUAGCUCGAUCUAACCUUAGUAGAACAGCCAUACUGAGUAUUAUGGAUCUUAUCCACCGGCGUGAAUGUUAACCCGCCGUGCCGCGGUCAAUAUAAAGAAUAACAUUUGAGCCGAAGAUUAAAUAUCAGAUCGUGUAUAUGGUAAAUCAAGUCUCCGCCGGAGGCAGCCGUUAAUUUUAAUGAAUAAAAAGACUUUUUUCUUGUUUUCUUGAAAAUAAAAAGUCAACCAUAUUAUUUUUCCGAAAGGAAGAUUAUUUUCCAGUCUGUAUUUAAUAUUUGCUGUUUUGACAUUUUGGUAAUUUUCCUACCCUCCUCUGUCAUAAAUUGAAAUAUAUUAAAUAAUAUGUAUGAAAUGGACUGACAAGCUUGAUCUUUUCACACUUUCAUUUAAG